GUGACACACCAGACGAUGCAUUGACUGAGCUGAGGAGGAGAAGAAAACCUCUCCCUGCCUGCCGUCCUGCCCGCUGCAUGGAUGAGGACAAGAGUGGACGGGGGACCAAAGAGGAGAUUCUCUACAACCUGUUCCGGCCGUGACCUCUGACCUUUCGACAACGUUAUGUAUCUAAAAUGCUUCGGAGGCGACACUUUCGGCGUCCCUGACACCUAGAGUGCCCAGUGUAACUUCCAACUUCCCCGUCAGUUUGAAUCCUCGCUCGCUACCUGUCCUGCCGUCCCGCCGUCCUCCAGCCGCCGCCAUGUCCGACUCAAUGAUGCAGGUGGAGAUCCCAGACUUCGGCAGCAGCGUGCUGGGCAGCCUGAACCAGCAGCGACAGCUGGGUCAUUACUGCGACGUCUCCAUUCUGGUCCAGGGUCAGGCCUUCAAGGCCCACCGCGCCGUCCUGGCCGCCUCCUCCCUGUACUUCAGGGACCUGUUCAGCUCCGCCGCGGACUCCUCUUCCUCCUCUUCUUCCGCCGCCACCUCUUCCUCCUCCUCCCAGGCGGUGUUCGAGCUGCCGUCCUCCGUCACCCCGACGUGUUUCCAGCAGAUCCUGUCGUUCUGCUACACCGGACGCCUCAGCAUGGCCGCCAGCGAGCAGCUGGUGCUCAUGUAUACGGCGGGGUACCUGCAGAUCCAGAACAUCGUGGAGCGAGGCAUGGAGUUGAUGAUGAUGAAGGCCUCCUCCUCUUCUUCACCCCUGUGCUGUGACUCACAGACGACCUCAGCGGAUGAGAUCGCAGGCUUUGACACACCGAUGGUCCAGCAGCAGCAGCAGCAGCUGCAGCAGCACAGCGCCCCCCAGCUGCAGGAGGGGAAUCCUGACCAGGCGGCCCUGAGUCCAGAGGAGCUGCUGUUAGCUGUGAGCAGAAUCAAACAGGAGAGAGCUGAUACUCCUCCUGCUGAGGUGACCGGAGGAGGAGCAGCAGGAGGCGGGGAGGAGGCCAGAGUGGACAUUGCAGCGGACCUGCAGACUUCCAGGAACAGUGCUUUGUGUUAUUUGGGGGCCAGUGGAGCGCUGGUUCCGGGGCUGCAGUCCUACCUGCUUGCAGGCGGGGGGCGAUCCAGUCCGGACGGCUCCAGUCUCCCUACAGAUUCUCCUCCCUCUCAACCUCCGACCGAGGAAGAGCUGGAAGAUGAUUAUUAUGGAAACACGGUCCACCCCGGACUCUACCAACAUCUUUACGGACAUCCGGCGAACCCCUACAUUCAAGAGAAGCUUGAAAUGCUGCCUCUACCUUUGGCCAACGAGCGGCGCCCCUGCGUGCUGGUUGGUCGAGACAACAUGGCGCUACCUGCCAGUCUGAUCAGUCAGAUCGGGUAUCGCUGCCAUCCAUCGCUUUACACCGAGGGUGAUCCGGGCGAGAAGGUGGAGCUGGUGGCAGGUUCAGGUGUGUUCAUGACCCGCGGUCAGUUGAUGAACUGUCACCUGUGUGCCGGGGUCAAACACAAGGUGCUCCUCAGGAGGCUGCUGGCAACUUUCUUUGACAGAAACACUUUGGCCAAUAGCUGUGGGACUGGGAUUCGCUCGUCCACCAAUGAUCCAAGCCGAAAGCCCCUGGACAACCGAGUGUUGAACACAGUGAAACUGUACUGUCAGAACUUUGCUCCUAACUUUAAGGAGAGCGAGAUGAACGUGAUCGCCGCAGAUAUGUGCACCAACGCUCGUAGGGUCCGGAAACGCUGGCUCCCAAAAAUCCAGUCUCUCCUCCCUGACAGCAUUCCGGCCUCCUCGCACGCCCGCAAAGCUAAGCGAGGAGGUGGAGGUCAGGCGACAGACCUGGCGGCGCAGGCCGGUGGCAGCCCCUUCGAGUUGGACCUGCGGCAGCUCAGCGCCUCCUACCUCGGCCUGGAGGCGCCGCUGUACGCCGAGAGACACGACAGGGAGGCGGCUGGGGAGAGGGACAGGGAGAAGGAGGUGCCGGCUGUUCUCCUGCCUCACCUGCAGUUUGCCGGGUCACGCGGUGGAGGGGCAGGUGGCGGACAGGCGGAGGAGGGGUCGCUGGGAAGAGAGUCAGGCGGUGGAGGAAAACCACAGACUGAGCCAACUUCGCAAAUCCCCCUCUCCCUGUCCUCCUCUUCCUCAUCGUCUUCUUCCUCGUCCUCCUCGCACCCAUCCCCCCAACCAGCAGAACCCGCCCCUUCCCACAGAGGGUCUGUGGAGACGGAGGAGAGAGGAGCGGAGCCUCUGGAAGACAGCCAAUAAGCUUUCUUACGCAUCUGCCUACCUGUAUGUAAAUAAUACAAUAGCUACCUGGCCCCCGCCCCAUCUGUUUGUCUUCUUAUCUGUCUGUGUGUCCGUCCUCUCCCGUCUCUGUUCCCCUACCUCAAUACCUGUCUACCUCUCACCCUACCGUCUGUCUGACUUACCGCUGUCUCUCGGCCCCUCUACCUGUAUGUGCGUCCUGUCCUUCUACCUGGCUGUUUGCUCGGCUCUGCUGCAUGUUACCAGCCUCCUGCAGUCCAGCACACAAGCCCAUAGCAACAGGACUGAUGAUGAUGACAAUGAUGAUGAUGAUUAUUAUUAUAUUCA